UGCUGAAUUUCUCUGGUGUUCAGCCCAAAGUUACACCCUCACAUGUAUCAGUUUCUCAGUGAGUCUUUCAGUAAGUAGAGCACAGAGCUGCUGCUACUCUUUCCAUUCCUGGAGCCUGGUUAGACUAUGGCUUGUAUUCACAACUAGAGACGUAUCUAGAACUUUUCUCUCACAGGAUUCGCCCUGUAAGGCCUUCUGUUCAGCUCCUGAAGUUCUAACCAAUGGUAUCUACCAGAAAAAGAAACUGGAUCCUUUUAAAUAGUGAAAUAAGAGCUGCAAUACAUGCAACAUGUAUGAUGAUUCUACUAAAUAAAGAACAUAAUUAUCAUUACAGGCAUGUAUUUUUUUUUUAGUCUACAGAAAUCAUUAGGCCUUCUCUGAAGACCUACCAGGCCUCGAGGGUUCCCCACUGCCUGACCCGGAGUGUGUGUGUGCUGUUGGGGGGUUCUAAGGAUACCGAGCAGGACUGAGGAUGUCUUCCAAGCGACCAGCCUCUCCAUAUGGGGGAACAGAUGGAGAGGUAGUCAUGGCGACGAGCAGACAGCGACUGGAGGAUGAGGAGGUUGACGGACACGCUGUCAUUCACUUGCCCCUGAGCUCCUACUGCAGCAAGGUUUCCCCUCGCUCGCCCCGCACCCUCGACAGCCCGCCCGCACUACACGGCAGCAUGGAACAGGAGAGCAGUAAAGGCUUGGCCCUGAGCCCCUACACCCAGCACAACUCGUCUACCUCACCCAGUAAGCAGCAGCAGCAGCCGGACGAAGGCUCCGGGCGGCCGGGCAGCGAGCCCGGCUCGGCUACUGCUCUGGGCACUCCGGAGAGGCGCAAGGGCAGCCUGGCCGACGUAGUGGACACGCUGAAGCAGCGCAAAAUGGAGGAGCUGAUCAAGAGCGAGCCAGAGGAGGCCCCCAGCAUUGAGAGGCUGCUAUCCAAGGAUUGGAAGGACAAGCUGCUGGCCAUGGGCUCUGGUCACUUUGGAGAGAUCAAAGGUACCCCGGACAGCCUGGCGGAGAAGGAGCGGCAGCUGAUGGGCAUGAUCAGCCAGCUGAGCAGCCUGAGAGAGCAGCUACUGGCCGCACAUGAGGAGCAGAAGAAGCUGGCCGCAUCGCAGAUAGAGAAACAGAGGCAGCAGAUGGAGCUCGCAAAGCAGCAGCAGGACCAGAUUGCUCGGCAACAGCAGCAGCUCCUGCAGCAGCAACACAAAAUCAACCUCCUGCAGCAGCAGAUCCAGCAGGUCCAGGGUCAGCUGCCUCCACUGAUGAUCCCCGUCUUUCCUCCAGAUCAGAGGACCUUGGCGGCAGCCGCUGCCCAGCAGGGAUUCCUCUUGCCUCCAGGCUUCAACUACAAACCAGGCUGCAAUGACCCGUACCCCCUCCAGCUGAUCCCCACCAGUAUGGCAGCCGCUGCAGCCGCCACGCCCGGCCUGGGACCCCUUCAGCUCCAGCAGCUGUAUGCGGCUCAGUUGGCAGCCAUGCAGGUGUCUCCGGGGGCCAAGCAUGGCACCGUGCCUCAGCCCAACCUGGCAACCGGCACGCACUCGCCCACCAGUGGCCAGAGCGAGAAGAGCAGGAGCAGCACGCCGCCCAAGCCCAAGGACGAGGGCGCUCAGCCCCUGAAUCUGUCAGCCAAGCCUAAGACAUCCGAGAGCAAGUCACCCACCUCCCCCGCUUCCCCACAGGUCCCUGCCAUGAAGCUGGGCCCCGGAUCUCUGAAGCACAGCGCCCCCUCCAGCAUCGGUGGACCUGCACCCAGAAUCAGCUCCAUAGACCUGUUGUCAUCCAUCACCUCAGGAGGCUAUCUGAAUGACCACGAGGCUGUGACCAAGGCCUUCCAGGAGGCCCGGCAGAUGAAGGAGCAGCUCAAGAGGGAGCAGCAGGUUCUGGACGCCAAAGUGGCAGCAGUCAACAGCCUGACCCUCAACAACGGACGCUCUGAGAAGGAUAAGGCCGCUCUGGAGAGCCUGAGUCAGCAGCUGAAGCAGUCCGAGGAGAGCAAGUUCACUCACGCCAUGAUGGACUUCGGCAUGAGCGGCGACUCCGACGGCAGCCCCAGCGUGUCAGACUCGAGGAUGUUCCGCGAGGCGCGGGGUCGUGGCAGCGGCGAGCCGCACAUCAAGCGGCCCAUGAACGCUUUCAUGGUGUGGGCGAAGGACGAGCGGAGGAAGAUCCUGCAGGCUUUCCCCGACAUGCACAACUCCAACAUCAGCAAAAUCCUCGGUUCACGCUGGAAAGCCAUGACUAACCUGGAGAAGCAGCCGUAUUAUGAAGAGCAGGCGCGCCUCAGUAAGCAGCACCUGGAGAAAUACCCCGACUACAAGUACAAGCCGCGGCCCAAGCGCACCUGCCUGGUGGACGGCAAGAAGCUGCGCAUCGGCGAGUACAAGGCCAUCAUGCGCAGCCGCCGGCAGGAGAUGCGCCAGUACUUCACCGUGGGGCAGCAGGCCCAGCUGCCUCUGUCCUCGGCGGGCGUGGUGUACCCGGGCGCUCUCUCCAUGGCCGGAAUGCCGUCACCCCAGAUGCCCUCGGAGCACUCCAGCAUGUCCAGCAGCCCCGAGCCGGCCCCUCCAAUCAGCGGUCAUCCCUCUUACCUCAGCGUCAGCAAGGAGGAGGAGCCCCGCAUCAAAGAGGAGGAGCUGCGGAUGGACGAGAGCAACGGCGACGCCUACGACGACUUCGACUACGAGGACGAGGACGGAGACUUCGGCAGCGACAGCGAGAACCACGUGACCCAAUAAGAGUGCUCUGAGCGCAGAGGCGUCCCGCCGAUCACCCGACCCUCCACUUCUACUGUCUCAACCCCAGCCCCCCCACACACACCUUACCCUUACACCACCCAAUCCGGACUCUCGCAGAGCUAAGCCCCCUCCCCUCGCCCAAUACCAGCAGCAGCAAAGCACAGGAUCUGAGAGACUGUUACACUAACGGAGGGUCUUGGAAAGAAAGCGAGACACGUGGCCACAACGUCUGCUGAAUAAACCCGCGGUGGCAAACUCACGUCACGACUCCGUUAAGCUACAGGAAGGAGAUAAACGACACUUAUACUGAAACAAGGACCAGUUAGUCGGCCUGUCAGAGACACUUUACAACGGUGGACCUGCUUGUCUAUAAAAGAGACACUUUUAAAACUGCGUUUUUGUUCGUUUUUUUGUUUAGUUUUUUUGUUUUUUUCUGGGUUCUAUAAUAUUCUCACUCAGGUACACGGUGCCAACAAGUGGCUUGUGAAUGUGAUUUGUUGUUUUUGUGCUACAGUUUUAAUAGAGGAAAAAAAAAGCAUUUAUUUUCCUGUUUUGAGAUAGGAGUAACGACAAAAUUGACAAAAAAAAAGUUUGUUUUUUUUAAUAUUUUUUGAUUUGCCGCUCCCUCUUAGGUGUACUCCACGCAUACGCAUACACUUACACAUGCACAUACACGUCCAUCCUUUUUUUGACCGAAAGGACGCAGCACUUGACGACAGACAAUCCCUCCUUCUCCUUCUGCUCUGCUCUCCCUCGGCGGUUUCUGGCUUUCUCCUCCUGCGUCUCGAGGUGAGACGCGCGCUGAUACAUUUACAUUUACGGCAUUUGGCUGACGCUCUUAUCCAGAGCGACUUACAGUUUGAUCAUUUUACACAGGUAGGCCAAGGUGGUGUUAGGAGUCUUGCCCAAGGACUCUUAUUGGUAUAGUGUAGGGUGUUUGCCCAGGUGGGGAUUGAACCCCAGUCUACAGCGUAGAAGGCAGAGGUGUUACUACACUAACCAACCACUGUCAGUGAUACGCUGUCAGGAGGACAGAACUGGAGCGAAAGUUCUCUGCGUGCGGUGAUCAAUCACAUUCCUCGUCGUUUGCUGUCAUAACCGUGCGCUGAUGUGCUUUUGGACCGAGCUGUUGUGUUUUAUUAAGACGCCAGUGCUGGACAUGAAGAGAACCACCGCGAAAGGAAAGUGGAUCCAAACCGCUCGUUCCUUUGAGAACACAAAUUGAGAUUCAACCUGUCGGACCCGACGCGGCCUCUCCUCCUCCGCCUCUGUCCUUCUCUCCUUUCCUAAACAGACUGUUUUCGCCAUUACAGAGAAUGCAGAGCCCUCUUCCUCCAAUCCAAGAGAAACAGAGAGCGAGGGAGGCUCCCUAGAGGAGGCUCUGGCACUGAACGGUCAGCUGAACAGAGAGAAUAGAUGGGCUCUGUAGGCUUCCACUCAACCCCCCCCCCCAAUGGUGUGAGCGCACUUCAUCACAUGCUCUUUCCUUUCACAGUGCCAUAAGUUCUAGGUAUUAAUUGAGCAUGUAUAAGGUACAAACUCCAAAAAUGUGUAUUAAUUUGGAGUAAAAUGAUGGUACGUACCCAAACAGUGGGCCUAAGCUGCUCUGAAAUGACCCUUUUUUGUAUCAACCUGCACAAGGACAUAGUAACGCAUCUCAUAAUUGGAAAAUUGUUUGGAUUAGUAAGAUGGAAAGUAUUAAAAUACAAUCAGUUUUACUGGACUGUCACACGUUUAAGCAGGACAGUAAACGAUAAAGACCUCACUGCUUUCUCUCACAGCCCAGACUCAGUUUAGAGUACAGGUAAUAAACAGGUAUGUAGGACUCAGGUGUCUUUGUACCACCUUUUUACCCCAUAUACAGGCGUAUGCAAAAGUUCGGGCACCCCUGGUCACGUCAUAUUGCUGUUGUUGGAAGAAAACCUCGUAUCUCCGUUUUUGACGUUUUCCAGUUUUUGACAUAGUUUGAACUUUCCUGUUGUUCUGUACAUUGUGUGUAAAUAUCAUGAUGAAGGGACUAAAAGAAAUGACGUAGAAUGACUCGGAAAGACGUCUGGUUCCAUUGACUUACAUUAAAAGUAAAGUAGGUUUUUGCCUUCUCCUGUAAAGUUACCAUUUUGGAGAUACGAGGUUUUCCGCCGACGACAGCGACAUGCCUAUAUGCCGGUUUUCUAAGUGACACCAUCUACAGAGGACACGCUUCAAAACACUUUAGGCCACAGAUCCUGUUUAUUUGCUGAAUAUAACCUUUCGGGAGAGGCGUGAAACAUAAACCGUGGCUUGUGACACGUUUUAAACGCCACGUUUUAUUUUUUCGAAUAUGUUAAAGUGGAAGCUGUGCACUAAAAUCUGCAGGAAAGUGUCGUAUUUCCCUUCUUCAGGUGUAAUUUACUUAUUUUAUUCUUGCUUAGAAACUCAAGAUCUGAUUGUUCACACUUUUGCAACGACUGGCACUUAAAAGUCUUUCUGGUUUGCCUUUUCUGCUGAAAUACACGGCGUUACAGUGAAAUUCAGUGCAGGUUUCUGUGCACUUGUUACUCCACAUAAUUCAUUCUACAAUAUUGCCAUUUUUCAGCUCAAUGGCCAGCUCUUCUUUUAUUUUCUUUAUGAUAUUUUUGUAUUUCAUAGUCUGCUAUGGUGACAUCCUGUAUAAACGGCCUAGUAAGGUGUGGGAAUGAGAUAAUUAAGUUGUGCCACGACCUAGUAAUGCAUGGGAAUGAGACCAUUAAGCCUUGAACACAGCUAAUAAAGCAUGAUCUCAUCCCACACCUUAUGGAUUUGUGGCCAUGAUUUAAUUAUCUUGUUCCCACACCUUACUAACUCAUGGGCACACAUUAGGAUCUCGUUUCCACUUGUUAAUAUGGCGUGGCCAUACAUUAUUUUUAUUUAUAACAGAUGUGACCAGAGGGGCUCUGUGUAGUUUUCUUCUUUUCCGGCCUGUUUUUAAUACCCUAUAAAGCGGCCCUGAGCUUUGGAAAGGCCCUACGUAAUAAACAACAUAUGAACAUUAUUAUUAUUAUUAUUAUUAUUAUUAUUAUUACUAAUAACCUGUUCCGUGUAAUUUAGUAAGACUGUCUUGUUACUUACCAUCAUUCUACCCCAAACUAAUUACACAGCACUUCUAACGUUGUUCCACACAUGUUACCACCUAAUCCACCGAACCUGGAAUUCGGUCAAACUGUCUUCAUAUCCAGAAUAAUUACCAAGUACUUUGGGGUUUAGUAUCUAGAACGUAGGGGCUGUGAAAGAAAGCGGUCCUUCUGCCUCUUCAGCUCUCCAGACGCCUUCCAUCAGUCGCCUCCCUCCGCCGCUCUGAGGGGCCGGUGGCACGGUUCCUCAGCCCCAGUGCAGAGAACCGUCACCUUUCAUCUUCCUUCUGUCCACGUUAUGUCCACGUAAGUGUCUCGAGCCCAAACUGACCGCCGCACUCUCAGUCCGUCCCCAAAGCCAAGCGCUGACCACAGCGCUCAGCGUCCAGAGCGUCCGUCCAGACGGUCAAGCUCUCUUGCUCGCUCCAGCAGGAGGUCCUCUGCCGACGGUGGGCUGAUGUCCAGCCCUGUCUGGAAGGCGCAUUGUUUUUCUGCUUUUUUGUUUCUGUUUUGUUCCCUUUUCUUGUUUUUGUCUCCAUGACGACGUCACUCUGCUGUCAAAGUUUUUGAAGGAGGGGCAGUUUUUUAGACUCUGCAUGUCAAUGUUUUCGUUCGUAUUUGAAUACUGUAUUUUAUUUUUAUUCAAACUGCCUCUAGUGUCAUAAUAAUAAUAUUAUUAACAAUAAUUAUAAGGAUG